GAGGGCGCGGGCUCCGAGCCGUCCACCUGUGGCUCCGGCUUCCGAAGCGGCUCCGGGGCGGGGGCGGGGCCUCACUCUGCGAUAUAACUCGGGUCGCGCGGCUCGCGCAGGCCGCCACCGUCGUCCGCAAAGCCUGAGUCCUGUCCUUUCUCUCUCCCCGGACAGCAUGAGCUUCACCACUCGCUCCACCUUCUCCACCAACUACCGGUCCCUGGGCUCUGUCCAGGCGCCCAGCUACGGCGCCCGGCCGGUCAGCAGCGCGGCCAGCGUCUAUGCAGGCGCUGGGGGCUCUGGUUCCCGGAUCUCCGUGUCCCGCUCCACCAGCUUCAGGGGCGGCAUGGGGUCCGGGGGCCUGGCCACGGGGAUAGCCGGGGGUCUGGCAGGAAUGGGAGGCAUCCAGAACGAGAAGGAGACCAUGCAAAGCCUGAACGACCGCCUGGCCUCUUACCUGGACAGAGUGAGGAGCCUGGAGACCGAGAACCGGAGGCUGGAGAGCAAAAUCCGGGAGCACUUGGAGAAGAAGGGACCCCAGGUCAGAGACUGGAGCCAUUACUUAAAGAUCAUCGAGGACCUGAGGGCUCAGAUCUUCGCAAAUACUGUGGACAAUGCCCGCAUCGUUCUGCAGAUUGACAAUGCCCGUCUUGCUGCUGAUGACUUUAGAGUCAAGUAUGAGACAGAGCUGGCCAUGCGCCAGUCUGUGGAGAACGACAUCCAUGGGCUCCGCAAGGUCAUUGAUGACACCAAUAUCACACGACUGCAGCUGGAGACAGAGAUCGAGGCUCUCAAGGAGGAGCUGCUCUUCAUGAAGAAGAACCACGAAGAGGAAGUAAAAGGCCUACAAGCCCAGAUUGCCAGCUCUGGGUUGACCGUGGAGGUAGAUGCCCCCAAAUCUCAGGACCUCGCCAAGAUCAUGGCAGACAUCCGGGCCCAAUAUGACGAGCUGGCUCGGAAGAACCGAGAGGAGCUAGACAAGUACUGGUCUCAGCAGAUUGAGGAGAGCACCACAGUGGUCACCACACAGUCUGCUGAGGUUGGAGCUGCUGAGACGACGCUCACAGAGCUGAGACGUACAGUCCAGUCCUUGGAGAUCGACCUGGACUCCAUGAGAAAUCUGAAGGCCAGCUUGGAGAACAGCCUGAGGGAGGUGGAGGCCCGCUACGCCCUACAGAUGGAGCAGCUCAACGGGAUCCUGCUGCACCUUGAGUCAGAGCUGGCACAGACCCGGGCAGAGGGACAGCGCCAGGCCCAGGAGUAUGAGGCCCUGCUGAACAUCAAGGUCAAGCUGGAGGCUGAGAUCGCCACCUACCGCCGCCUGCUGGAAGAUGGCGAGGACUUUAAUCUUGGUGAUGCCUUGGACAGCAGCAACUCCAUGCAAACCAUCCAAAAGACCACCACCCGCCGGAUAGUGGAUGGCAAAGUGGUGUCUGAGACCAAUGACACCAAAGUUCUGAGGCAUUAAGCCAGCAGAAGCAGGGUACCCUUUGGGGAGCAGGAGGCCAAUAAAAAGUUCAGAGUUCA